AUGGCUGCCUUGUCAAUCUUCUGGUGGGUGAGAGAAACGCAUUUGCUAAGAAUCGGGUCCGGAUUUUUCUUUGCUCGUACGCUUGUUCACCAACCAAGCUAUACUGUAUUUUAUCGCCACGGACGACUCGAGGACCACAUCUGUCAAGGCUCGCCCCCGUUGGUGGGCUAUUUACACUACACCCAUGUCAAUGGAGGCCGCAAUGAGAGAUUCAAGGCUUGCCCAGAUCCAAGUGGACGUAGCAACAAGAUUGGUGCGAGAAUUGGACGCAAGCGACUCGCUCAGAUAAAACCGAAGGACUGGACUGAAGACCCAUACUUUGUCUGUCUCUUGCUGGCUCUUGCGCAACUUCAGGAACGCAAGCUGAAGUCGUCCGAACCACUUACUUAUACCUCGCGUCUUUUUGUGACCAACGUAUUAGAACGCGAAUACGUCUACUUGUACGACGCAGACAUCACUACCGAGCUUCUCAAGACGCUCAGGGAACCGAAGGCUGCUACCACCUGCAUCAAAUGGCCUACGAUUCGGCGCAGAAAACUGCGUUUUAAGCCUUACGACACGUGCCAGCGAACGCAAUACUAA